UAGGUAGAUGUAGAUACACAAGUGAAACAAAUCCGAUUUUCUAUAAUGAUCACAGGAGAGCAGCUUUGGAGGGAUGAGAUGCAAACUCACUUCCUACAGUCUUCUGCAGCGUGACGAGCGGCCGGCCAGUUUUCACCCGUUUAGCCGACACGUUUCAGAGGAAAUCAGCAGAAACUCCUAAUCGCGCGUUAAUCGCCGCAAACCGGAGCACGCUCGAAUGCAGUUUGACGUUUUGCUGAAGACUGCAGAUGAAGUUUCAGAUAUUCUCAGUCUGCGAUAACAGGAAACGAGAGAAAGAGCGCCACUGACACAGAACUGAAACCUUGAUGAAGGUAAGACUCCUUGUCGUGUGGCAAGAUUUACUUUACUAAAACAAAAACUCCGGACAUGCCUGGCUAAUUCAUCUGAAAACCUAGACGGCCCUUAUUAGAGCUCUCCCGGGCUCAUCUGCGGCUUCCACCUCACCAUGUUCCCUGGCUGUGGUGUGUGAAUUGAGGCGAUGGAGAGCCCGUCCUCCACGGUGAGGCGGCGAGCCUGGAUCAACAGCAGCCGACAGUGGCCCACUCUGGAGGAGCCCGAAGGUCCGCUGUGCAGCCUCCCAUCUGCCUCCAUAGCAGACGAUGAUGUCUUCUCUGAUGGAUGCUUCACUGGAAAGAUUGAGAACUGGCUUCUCGGUUGUGGGUCAAAUCCCUGCUCAGAGAACAGCGGCCAGCUGAGUUUCGAGUCUGUGCUGCAAGCCGGCAACUUAACGGAUGACCUGAGUCUCGGUGCUGACGCGUCUGUGUUAAGUGAAGGCGAGGUUACAUGUGAAGUUGGCCUGCCACCACGUCCUCCCUUCAGACGACAGAACAGCCAACCCACAAGCAGCACCCCUCGCCGAGGACUAUGUCUGCCGUCACUCAACUUGGGCCACAGCAUGGCCUCCAGCUGCCUCUCCUCCUCCACCUGGAAAACUACAUCAAGUGUAUCAGAGGUGCUGCAGCUGUGUUCAGAGGACGCAGAGGAGACUCUGUAUGAGCUGGGUUUUGGCUGCGAGGAGCCUCAGGUCACUGUGCGCAUUCCCCCUCGCUUCUUCACCUUUCCUUCUCAGGCUCAGGGCAUCAACUUCCGCCUCUUUCUGGACUCGCAGCUACGGCGAAUUCGAGAGGAGGACCCCAGCCUCUCUCUUGCUAGUCGAUUCAGACAAGUGCAAGUGCUCACAGCCAUGGCCAACGCUUUCUAUUCCCUUUACUCCCAUGUGUCCCGCACUCCGCUCCAGAAACUGGCCACACCAGAGUUCACAUUCUCCUCCUCUCCCGCGCAGAGGAUCGAACGGUUCAGGAGCAGCGUUCGCAGCGAGCCGCGCUCGCCGGUGGAGAGGCUGAAGGACACGGUCAACAAGAUGUGCCUCUACACGGGCUCCCCCCGUGGCUCAGACUCAACCUCUCCACAGCCCUCGCCCAGGAAAAGGUCCAGCCUCCCUGAUGUUGUGGAUGUGAUCUUGAAAGCCAAGGGCGGGGCUUCCAAGAAACUGGAACUGGAGCUGUGUGAUAGGAGUAAUUCAGCUUCAGAUCUUCGGCUGCUGAUCAUAGGCAAUCGGAGGGACGAGCAAACACGGCAGGUCACGGUGGACCCGGAAACUCUUCAGGGUGGAAAUGAAACCUGUCAUAAGGAGAUGCAGGACAAUGAACAAACAAAUAACGCAGAUAGUGAUGAAAACUGCGUGAAACGCACAGACCUUGACAGAAUGACGCACGACGCAAGAACAUCUUUAACGUCAUCGUUAUCGGGAGAAACUGUGAUAGAAACAGGACAUCCGUUACUUUCAUGUCAGCCCGAGGUGGACUCAUGCUUCACUCAAAGUGACACAAAGAUCGUUGAGCAAAAGCCUGUCGCCAAGGUUACUUAUGAUCUAAUCUGCCCGCAGAUAGUUGAAUGUGUACACAAGGUGCCUUUCUGCUGUAAAAACACGCACAGUCCCAACACUUCGCCUCAUAUCUCCUCCAAGGGUGAAAGCACAGAUAGAGCUUGUCCCCGUCCACAAGGACCCAUCUCUGAGACUAAUAAGGACUCACACGGCGACGACCUUGCCUCUUCAGGGGACGCCACACACGUGGAUGCAUCCAGAUUACUUCCUGUCCUGGAGCCCAGUGGCGGCUACGCUCAUUACUCCAUCACCGUGACCGGCUGGGAUGGGGACGAUGCGUCGUCGUGUCCCUUGAACACAUCAGCGUCCAGUCACGCCUCUCCUGUCCCACCCGCCCACACGCGACAUGAGGAGUCGUUUAAUGUGGGGAAGCGACAGUACCUGAACCCUCUGACACACCAGGGCCCGGGCCACUCCCCCGGUAACCUUCAGCAGGUUAACUCCUUUGAGCUGGAGGAGGUGCAUAGUGCAGGAGAGGAGGAUUUUGGGCAAUCGGAAGCUACAACAAGAGCAACAUCACCGUUAUCCAAAAAACUUCAGUACAAAGGUGAAGUGGUCCGAGGCGACAGCAUGCAGUCCGACAGCAGCGGCUACGCGGAGGAAGAACUCAGCCCCUCGUUGGACAGAUACAGCAGAUGACAGAAACUCCAUGGCAACAACAUGUAAAGCAGCAUCUUUCAUCUGUGAAUGUUUAAUGCCCUGGAUAUUUGCAUAUCUAAACAUCCGAAUUAGGACUUUAUUUCAAACAGUCUCAAAACCUUAAAAUGUCAUACUAAUGAGAGGCUCUACACUGAAGGAUAUUCUCUUCAAAUAACUUGUUCUGAACAAAGCAUUAAGUAUUUUCCCAUUGCUCACACUGAACACAGACCAUUGUAAAUAAAAGCAGUUCUUGAUGAA